AUGCUAUUGAAGGGCGGGUCUUGGCGUGGCCGUAGUAAAGGAGACAAAACUCAGUGCGCAGAAACGAAACUUAAGGUGUCUGCUGACGCAGGAACUAAAGUAGAGACGAGGUGCAGCCUGACGGUUCAGAGGGACCCCAGGACCCACAGAGACCACACAGGACCCAGACUGGUCACUGCAGAGCCGCUGGUCAGCCGGGGGAAGACGAAGAUGAAGAUGAAGCUGCUUUAUGCUCCCAUGGUGAUGGUAGUGAUGUCAGCAUUGGUCGGACUCACAUCUACAACUCCCAAAACUACAACUCCUAAACCGACGACUACAACUCCUAAAACUACAACUCCUAAACCGACGACUACAACUCCUAAACCGACGACUACAACUCCUAAAACUACAACUCCUAAACCGACGACUACCACGCGAAGAUGGACCACCACAACAGGAGCUUCUGGACUAAAUUUAAAUGGGAAGAUGUUCACUUUGUCUCGUAAUGGAGGAGGAAUAUCCUUCUAUUCACCCUCUUAUUCUCCUACCACACCCUCUUACACCACCCAUAGAUACACCACCACCCCCAGACCAACCACCACUCGUCCCUACUACACCACCACCCCCAGACCAACCACCACUGGUCCCUGGACCACAGCACCUCCUACUAGAGGUGUGUCCGUGUGUCUGCGUUACCUGACCGAAUAUCAAGCAGACAUCCCCAAAAUCUUCACACUCAGUCCAUCCGGCAGAAGGCCUCUGCAAAUGGGAGUCAGUUCUACAGGGGGGUACGGACUAUCCUUUGACAGAUAUGGUUAUUACAACCUGUACUUGCAACCUUACAUAAGGUUCUCGCCACACAUCUAUUCGGAAAUCUGGACCAGAGUCUGCCUCACUGUGGACACCAUGAAGAAUGUGGCCCAGGUGUUCAGCGGCUCAAACAUGAGCAUCAGGAAGAUGCUGCCUACUAAUUAUGUCUGGUCAGGUGAGCCUGUGAUUGAUUUUUCAGGUUUUGAUGGUCAGGUGACAGGUGUCCAGGUCUGGGAUUAUCCUCUCAACUACAGAGAAGUCUUCAACUACAUGAACUACAGGUCUUACUCUGGCUCCGCCCUCUCCUGGUCCUACAUCAGCUACUCCCCCAGAGGAAACGUCCUGUUGGAGGACGCCUAUCAACCGCAGUGGCAGGACCAACAGCCAAUCAGACGCAGCAAGGACAGGAAAUGGAGUCGGCCAAAGGGAGAGAAGAAGACAUGGGAGUUUUUCCAUUUUAACGAGGGAAAGAGAGAACAGCUUUAAUUAAACACACAACGCCAGGCGACAAAGGCUGUAGCCUCAGUUUUUCACUUAAUAAUCAAUCAAGCAACAAUUAAUGACAAAUGACAUUAAAGGACAAUUCUGGCACAAAAUAACCCUAGGGGGUUAAUAACAGAUGUGUGCCGAGUCAGCCGUUCUCUG